UUCACUACUGACUAACGCUACACAGCAAGCUGAAACUAUUGACUAACGCUACACAGCAAGCUGAAACUAUUGACUAACGCUACACAGCAAGCUGAAACUAUUAUCUAAUGCUACACAGCAAGCUACAACUCCGAAGACAACUAGCGGCAACUAGCAACACAACAAGCUGCAACUACGAAUACACAACAAGCGGCAACUACCAACACACAGCUAACGACUGACAACAAGCUGCGACAGGAGUUCAUUUCACUACCGACUACCAACAAAGAACCCAGCAAGCUGAAACUAUAGAGACAGCUGUUGGUACCAACAAAGAACACAGCAAGCUGAAACUAUAGAGACAGCUGUUGGUACCAACAUAGAACACAGCAAGCUGAAACUAUAGAGACAGCUGUUGGAACUAUUCUGUUGGAACUGGAACUAUGCUGUUCUUUUAUUACAUUUAUUACAUAUUUUAUUAAAUUUCUAUAGUGCUUUUAAUAGAAUCUCAAAGCGCAGGUCAACUCCGUUGGAACUAUUCUAUUGGAACUAUUCUAUUGGAACUACAAGGAAGGUGGCGCCAGUGGAGUUGUCAUGGAGAAUUCUGUGUUGUGGAUAUUCCUGACAGCAACAUGUGUUAUUAAAGUUGUGUGUGGUCAGUCGGUCCAGAUGGAAGCCGGACAGUCAGGGUAUGUGGGUUCUAAGGUGGAUCUACCAUGUCUCUUUAUCAACAGCAUCCCACCUGUCAAGAUCUCACAGGUGACAUGGCAGAAGGUGAUUGGUGGAAAGAAACAGAACGUGGCGAUAGCUAACCCGUCUCUAGGUGUGUCUGUGGCUCCGCCCUUCAAAAACAGAGUCAGCUUCAAAAACCCUUUGGUGCGGAGGAAAACUCCGUCCCUGGAGGACACCACUCUGACCCUCUCGUCUCUGCGACUGUCUGACGAGGCCAGAUAUAUCUGUGAAUACACCACCUUCCCUGCUGGCAACCGCGAAAACACGGUCAAUCUCACCGUCUACGCUCGACCUUUGACCCAGAUGAGUUUGUCGACACCCACGCUGGUAGCUCGGUCAUCCAAUCUGAAGACGCUGGUCGCCACCUGCCUCUCGGCCAAUGGGAAGCCUCCAGGAACCAUCAGGUGGGACACGCGUGUGCGUGGUGAGGCUACCACCCAGGAGAUCCGUAACUCUGACGGGACGAUCACGGUGCGAAGCGACUUCAUCCUGGUACCCAGCAAGAACACACACCUGGAGACACUCACCUGUAUCACCUCCUAUAACCAGGAGACAUACACCGACUCUGUCACGCUGGAUAUACAGUGUAGGAUACACACACCUACAACAUACUCACAUACAAACAACACACACACACCUACAACAUAC